AGGGGUGCACUCGCUCGGUGGUGGCAGCCCUUCCGUUUUGUUUCCUUGUGCAGCAGUGAAGGGAAUGCGGCAGCGAAGUUCUACAUAUAUACAAAAAAUAAUUGAAAAUACUAUAACAUGCAGUAAAGUGGCACAAUGCUAAGUCCAACUCCGACGAUCGAUCGUUCCAACUUGCGUCCUGGCACAGGAUACCUUAUCGCGCCGCGGGUACCUCACGGUCUCGCGACUGUUGUCGAGGGUCUCACGAGGGAGGUUCUGCGUCAUCGUCCCGAGGAUAUAUAUGUUUUUGCAGCUCACCACUUUGAAAAGUUGCUAAAGCUACGGGAGGAGUAUCAUAUCGAAGAGUACAGCAAUCGCGAGUUUAGCCAUGAAUUCAAUCGCGAUUUUAAUCUGUGGCCUACCAAAAAGAUCCAAAAUAUCGAAAAACCUUCAAACGGCGGUUGGUCCCUAGAGAAGGAGAUCGAGAUCUUCGAGAGACACGAGAAAACAGCCGUUGACACGGAGGAGAGCCAGGAGGAUGUCUCUACUGACAGAGAAAAUUGGAAAGCUUCAAAACAAACAUGCUCAAGAGGACCUGCGACUACGAAGAAAACUUCGAAGAAGUCGAAGGACAAUGAGACAACGUCGAACGCUCGCGCGACGAGGAUCAUCUCUCAAAUGACUGCUCUUCACGGUCCUAGCAAGAAUAUCCAAACUAAGGAUAUCAAGCAGGAACUCAGAAAAAACAAACUGAGUGGCGAAAAAUCUAAAGCAACCAAUAGUGUCGAAAAAGGAAUUCGAGGCGAUAGACGAUCCAGAACAAGAGUUACCAAAACAGAUAGAGAUCCUGCAGAGGAGGUCGAAUGUACUACAACGACGACAACGACGAUGACGAAGAGCUCGAGUAAAACCUCCUCACGAAGACCACUGAAAAAAAUACGUCGAAUUGAAACUGAGUCCGAGACUGAGACCGAACAAGAAGUCGCUAAGGCUGGAGUCGAAGAUGGACACGCAAGAUCAAGAAACAUUAAGAACGACAAUACGAUUCGCGAGACAAUCAUUCGGACAGGAAGCAGGGAGAGAAGAUCGGAAGCACCGCUCUCUGAACAUUCCUCUGAGAGGAAAGUAUCAUCGAGAGCGCUCAGUAUGGAUCGCAUCAGGGCAUAUGUAUUGCGUAAAUUUGCGAGCACCGCGAGCUUGGAGGUUCUGCGAUCCCCUACAUACGUGGAGCAAGUGCAGGAGGUGAUCAAUCGUGCGGCGCCGAUUAUCAAGGAGAAACUAGAAGAAAUCGGAAGACCACGGGGAAAACGUUCGAGAUCUGUCGACCUCGCUUGGAAUGAAGAAUCACUUCAUCGGCAUGUUCGAGAAGAAAAGAGGCACGGCGAUGAAGAAAGUGGAAGAGGAAAGAGCGGAAACGGGAUGGAACGAAAAGCUGAUAUCAUGAAGAAAGAGGAAAUGGAAGAUUCUCUUGGAAAAGAAGAGACGAUUUCAAUCAUGGAGAGUGAGGAGAAAAAAUCGAGGAGGCGCAGCAUAGGAUCGGGCAAAAGAUCAAGAAGGCGUGAAAAUGGUGACUUCGGGGUCGUCGAUGAAGUCGACGACAACUCGAAGCAUAGUAAUAAAUUGGAGCAUGAGUCUAAUGCGACACACGACACCUUGGAAGCGAGAUUAACUGCCACGCAGAGCAUCUUGGAAGAUAUCUCAAAAUCAACAUCCGAGUUGGGCGGUACUCGCAGAAGUGAUCCUGCCGGAAAUGAACCAUCAGAAUCAGAAAUCUCCGAUCACGUCAUUUCUCUGCCUGUCGUGAGACCGCCAUCUUCUAGAAACUCCAAGAGCGCUACCAAAAACGGUUCGGAUUGUCUGACUCUGCCGCCCAUCUCACCGGAAGCUCCUAAAUCGACAAAGAAAAAAGACGAAUUAUCCUUGCCAGUUCUGCUGACAACAGUAAAUAACGGCAAUCAUUCCGCCAGGAAAUCGCAGGAGCAGGAUGUUUCAAAGGACGCAGAGGAAGCCUCAACGAUGUACGAUAUUACGAGCGAUAUAGAGGACAUAGCAGGUUUUCCUGAAAACAAUCACGAAGAUGCGAUUGUAGAUAUAAAACAGGAACCUGACAGUGAUCGUCAGGACCUGCUAAUAUCGGACGUAAAAUUUGUCAAUGAAGGACGUGGAAGGAACGAGAAUGUAGAUAAAGUUUUUGAUGAGAAAUGCGGAAGUCUCGAAGAGUUUGAGGAAUUAGAGAAAUUGGAAGAGGGCAGGAAGUCGGAGGAAGUCUUCAUAGAUAGUUUAAAUGUUACACCAGAAGUAGCUGACGUACCACUAAGACCAGACUCGUUGGAGCCUGAUGAAGAGGUUAAACUUGAAGAUAAUUAUGCGGAUCCUGCACAAGAGAAUGCUUUCGAUAGGUUGAAAGAUAAACUGAUCGAGAUCGAAAUGGCGGAACGCAAUAUUGAGAAAGCGUUGACUUGCCAGGUUGCGACGUGUGACAUUGGUGAAAUGACGAGCCAAGCGGAAAAGUCGGUAACUGAUGGGAAGAUAAAUGAUGCAGGAGAGUCGACUAAUGAGGCGGAAGAAACUGUGAAUGAGAUACGAAAGUCUAUGGACGCGGCAAAAAUACCGGUAAAUAAUAAAGAUAACGAGGAAAGGAAAAAGAACAAUGACGAUGAAAAAAGAAAAUUGAUGAAUAAUAUAGAAAAGGUAAAAGAUGUAGCAGAAAUAUUAAAUAAAACGGAAGAUUUAAAUAUAGAAGAUAAAUUAACAAAUAAACCAGAAAAAAUAGAAAGUGAAAAGGGAUCGAUUAGUAGAACGGAAAAUUCAAUAAAUAAAUUAGAAGCAAACGGAAUUAAAAAAUUGAUGAACGAAAAUGGAGCACAAAGUUUGAAAAAUACAGUAGGAAUAUCAAAGAACGGAGCAGAAAAGGUAACUGAUCAAACGGAGAUAACAAAGAUAACAGAAAACACGACGAAAGCGCAAGAUGAGAGAUCGAUAGAUAAAACUGAAAAAUUGAAUGAAAAAUUAUCAAAUGGCGUGGAAGAAUUAGCAGUUAAGAUUCAUGUAAAAAAUGUGCAAUUCAUAAACGCAAGACCGCUAAGUAAAGAUUCUCAGAUUACUGAAGUAGUCGAAACAGACGAUGAUAAUACGACGACAUCAGAAAAAAAACCUGAAAAUGCGAAUGAAUUUUCUCAAAGCACAACUUCUGGAAAUGCUACAACCACGAGCGAAAGCUCGACAACGAAUCUUCCUAAUGAGAAGAGCCAAACGAAAGGACGGAAGAAACGCAAAAGCGAUAAAUUACCAAUGAUAACGCCGCUUUCUUUAGAACUCCCGUAUUCUUACGUUCUCAGUGAAGGUUCCCCUUGUGAGAUUCCUGAUUCCGUGACGACUGUGAUCAUUCCAGACAAGUCGUGUCUUUCUCCCGUUACUCUGAAGGACGAGGACGAUUGUCAGCUUGAAUCGACAAAUCAAAAAGAGGAAUCACUUACACAUUUUAAUACGGAGAUUUCCAAAGACGAAAAACAGGACAAGGAUCAGCAAGGAUAUGACAUGGAAGUUUUUGGGGAAUAUAUUCGACCAGAAGCCAUGGACGUUCUGUCCAUUGAUACCGAUUUUGUACAUAGCGUGAAAGGAAUAAAACCGAGUCAGAACAUAGUGAUCGCCCAUCAGGACUUGAAUAAAAUUAAAGAAGAAGGUGAAGAAGAAAUUGUAAAAGAAGAUGACGAACGAAAAAAAACAGAGAGCCAUCAAGAAAAGGAAAAUGAUAAAGAAAAAAAUGUAAAAGAGGAAGAAAUGACAAAGCUUGCGACACUAGAAAAUAUCAUGGGGCACGAGGAGAACGAAGAAAUUAAUAUAAGGACGAUUGAGUCCAAAGAUGCUGAGGAAAUUUCUUCUGGCGUUCUUGAGUAUGAAUCUUUACCUGAUACCAAAGAUUUAACGGUUGAUACUGUUUUGAUAAAUGAAGGAACAGCAGAUUUCACAAUUGAAUCCAAAAGCCUGUUGGAAAAUUCCUCGGAAGAAAGCGGAAGUACGCAGAAUACUCACUCGACUACGAGUGACAUUAAGGAAAGUACUACGAGCAAUCAAUCGAUUGAGAGUCCAAGUCCGGACAGACCAGUAGUACCAGAAUUAAACCUGGACUCACUUCAGGAUAACACGGUGUCGUCUUUCAAGAUAACGACAAAUGAAACAGAGAAGGAGGACAACGACAGAGAAAGCGAUGCUACGAUCUCCUUGGUCGAACCGUUGAUUUCGGAUGAGAGGUUAAUGAAUCGAUUGACCGAUCAUGAAGAAAAAAUUAUUACUGAAGGGUUGACAGAGAGAGGUCUGCAGUCAGAGUUUCCAGAGGCUGAUCAAUUGUAUCAUGCAGAACAUAUGGAGUACAAAUGGUUGGAGAAGGAUCCGUUAUCUACGGAAAUGAACUUGGAAGAUGAAACGAAAUCUCAAGAGAACAAUAUUGAUUUGAAGACGACUUUACCGGAAGAUGUUAUACAAGUCGAUUUGGUUUCACAGGAGAAAGCGAGAACAGAGGAGACAGAGGAAUUAGGAAGCGAGGAAGAAAUCGCGAGAGAAUUGAUAGAUUUAUUGGAUAAAGAUAUACAACUUCGCGCUGAAGAAUUGGAUUUAAAAAAAGAAUCUAUAGAUAAUGGAGAAUCUGAGAAAAGUAAUUUAGAAGUAGACGAUGAAUCUAAUCAACCGCUAUCAGUAUCUAUGCAUUCGAUAUUAACUGAACAAGAAAAGAAGGAAAAUGAAGAUUCUUUCCAUAAAAUAGAUGAAAUAGUAAGAACUGAAAUAACAAAUAGCGAAUUAUCAGGUGACAUAACAGAUAUCAGCCAAGAUAAAGAUAAAAACAAUGCGAUAAUAGAUAAAGAAUCUGAAAAAAUUAAAUUAGAAAUGGUAAAAAAAGCAGAGAAUUCGCAUGUUGCACCUUUAGCAGAAUUUGAGCAAGAUGAAAUAUUGGAAGAAAAUGGUAGUUCUGAGACAGCUGAUGAAAACAUUACAGUCAAAAGUAAACUUGAUAAUAUUAAUGCUGAUCAUAUCGAUAUUCAGGAAAAACUUGGAGACAAACAAACGAAUAUGGAUGUUCCAGACAGCCAAAAUAGCGACAGUAAAAUUAAAGAACCGAAAGCAGAAAAUAUAAAGCAGGAAGAAAGUGAACAAGAAGAGUUACAAAAUCAGAAUAAACACGAGCAAGAAAAAUUAGAAGCACGUGAGGAAAAUAAACAAGAAAAAUUAGAUAUUGAAGAAGAAAUCGAACAAGAAAAAUUAAAAAUUCAAAGUAAAGAUGAUCAAGAAAAUAUAAAGAUAGAAGAAAAAAUUAUAAAUAUGACAGCAUCUCCUCUAGACGUAGUAGAAUCAAAGAAAGACUCAAUAAAUGAAUUGAUGAAAAAUAACAAUGGGAAUGAGGACAUUAAAUUAAAUAAUAAAUCCAUUAUCGACGAUAAAACCAAAAAAGAUAUGGAAAAUGAGAAGGAAGAGAAAAGUGAAGACCUUUCAGAAAAGGUAGAGAGCGUCCAUGGACCAAUUAUGAGCGCAAUAUCAGAACAAUCGACAGAAGAUUCUCGCUUUGGAUAUUGGACUAUGGGAACAAAAUCGUCGACUGUGGAAACAGUAAUUGAAGCUUCAGAUUCUAAUGCGAGUACAGAGAAGAUUGCUGAUGAAUCAGAAAUCAUCGCGGACGAAUCGCUUAUUCAGAAAAAAGACUUAGCAGCAGUUGUAAAAAUUCAAGCUUAUAUCCGAGGAUUUUUAACGCGUCGUCGCGUGCGAAGAAAUAUGAGCUUAGAAUUUCCUUCUAAUGACGUACCAUCGACGCAAAAGAUUACGAGCGAUCAUCUGGUACCGCAGGAUACUUCGAAUCGAGAAGCCAGACGUCUUCGACGAGAAGAAGCUCUGCGGAAUACAACACUCUCGUUGGAGAAUGCCUUUGCGACAGGUCGACUUCAACAUACAAGCGAAUUUCACGAUUCUGUGCCGUUGCUUCCUUUUGAUCUGCUGAAUAGUAAAACUGAUUCAAUCUCCUCAAACAAUUCUUUGGAUGAAGAAGUUGAUAUUAAAGAAGCUAAUAUAUCUGAUAAUGCAAAAUCUAGUGCCAAUGAAAGUGAUACCGUUCGCGAACAUCGGACGACUUUCCACAAAGGCAACACCUUCGUUGAUCCCACCUUUCCAAUCAUGAUGCAUCUGCUGGCGGAUGCAUCCCGCAAUUGCCACUUCACCGUCAGUCAAAAUUCUCAUGCAGAUUUUAAUGCAAAUGCUAGAGGAGCGAAACCUAUGGAACCAACUGUGGACAUUGUGAUGCUGGGUUAUCCGAGAGACGACGAGAAUCAAUACCUGAAUUUCAUAACCAGCGUCGAGGAUCUGAACUCCAAUAUGGAUUCCUUGACUGUGCACGAUGUGAUGAAAAGCACAAAGAACACCAGCGACGCUCAUCCUUUAACGACCUCCGGCGAGGGUAGUCUUAGGGAGCCCUUGGCCCUUCCAGGAGUUUCUCAAGGUGUCGUAAUCGAAGAGGUGACCAGCUUAGACGAAGUCGUCCCGUCGGAGUCGACGAAACCAUCGACCGCGCCGAAGACCUCGCUGGAUACAAAUAGCUCAAUGCCAUCUGAGGAAUGUGCCCUCGAGGACGCGAAGAAUGAUUUAGGGAUAUCUCCGAGAAUUACCGGUACAACGGAAGACCGGAAACAAGAAGCUGAAGGACAAGAGUCUGAUCGCAACCCUGAGAGUGUUGGAGAGAACGGUUUACAUAGCGACGAUGCAAAUAAAAAUUUUAACGAGUUCUCUGGCAAUAGCCGUGAGCACAUGGAAGAAGAGAAGGAUAAAACGUGAAUCAUAUAUUCAUGAAUCAUGUAUUCAUGGAGACGUGUGGGGCUGACAUGAACAGGAGUCGCGAAUUGUAUGAUCGGCCAGUUGGUUCCUCCUAUUAAAAUCGUUAGGA